GGCAAGCACAUGGCCUGAUAAUACUGCCAGCAACUUUUCUGUAUGUUUUCACCAGGGCUAAUUACCUCCUCUACACUGUAUAAAAGGAAACCCUACAGACACUGAGAAGAGAAGAGAAGAGAAGAGAAGAGAAGAGAAGAGAAGAGAAGAGAAGAGAAGAGAAUGAAGUCUUCUGUAGCUGUGCUGGUGUUGCUGUGCUGUGCUGUGGUAAUAAGCAGUAAUGAGGUCACUGAUCAGCUUCACUACGGAGAUGAAGAGAGCAUCAACAAUGAAAUUCAAACAGAAGAUCAGGAAACUGAGGCCACUGUCUCCAACCAAAAACCCUGCCAGCCUGACAUCCACACAGUGCUGAGAGAGCUGAGCACUAAACUUGCAGAACAAAGUGUGGAGCUGAAAUACACAAAGAACCAGAUGGAGGAACUGAAGAAGCAGAAUGAAGCUCUCUCAGCAGAAAUCAGACUAAAAGCCAGUGAGAAACAAGUGGAAGAACUGAAGAAGCAGAAUGAAGCAGCUGAAAUCAGAUUAAAAGCCAGUGAGAAACAAGUAGAGGAACUGAAAAGAGAGAAUGAAGGUCAGGCUCAGGAGCUGAGAACUCUACAAAUGAGCUCAAACAUCACUGAGAGCCAAGUGAGAGAGCUGAGAAGGGAGAACGAAUACAACAUAGCUUUUUCAGCAUCUCUUUCUGACGACAAUAUAUAUUUUGGACCCUUCAAUGCUGAUUUUACGCUGAAGUACACUAAUGUCUUCGUGAACACUGGCAAAGCCUACAAUCCAAAUACAGGCAUCUUCACAGCACCUGUCAGAGGAGUCUACACGUUCAGAUUCUCCAUUACAGGGUCGGGUAGUACUUCAAUUCCUGUUGGAGCACGGCUGUAUAAGAAUGGACGUCAUGUGGUUAUUGCUUACUGUCACCAACCUAGUCAUGUAGUGAGCACAACCAAUGGAGCAUCUUUGCUGUUGGAAGUGGGAGAUGUGGUCUAUGUACAACUGUUUCCCAAGACACAGAUAUCUGAUAAUGUUAAUCACUACAAUACGUUUAGUGGUCAGUUGCUCUUCACAGCCUAAGACAUAUAAUAGACUGUUAAUAGAGCCAACACUGAAACAAGCACCUCAAUAUGUAUUUCAGCAUAAAGGUUUCUCUUUAUUAUGAAUACAAAUUCAGAUCAUUAAAUAACCUAGACAUAUUGUAAAGAUACCACAGUAGGUUCUGACCCUGCAACCAGACAAUGUCUGUAAUCAGAAAGUUUGUAAACAUAAAGGUAGGCUGUACUUCUGGCUACAUAACUCACAGUCAACAUGGAAGCAGCUUAAGCAGAACACAAAAAAAAAAAAACAUUGGCAAUACUGAUAAAGUCCUGUUGUGUUUGAGGCUGUAAUGUCAAAUAUACCCAAGAACAUAACUGA